AUGAUGAAAAUAUUCAUAUUGGUAAGCUUCUCUCUCCAGAGUUCCUCUAACUUUUCUCAAUUUCCAGCUCAUUUUGAUAACUCCAACUAUAUCUCAAAGAUACGCUGAUUCCUGCAUCAAACUUCUAGAUCAAAAUCAAGCCAAAGAUCUUCAAAGUUUUGCGAAUGAGACAAUUUAUCAUAACUUGUAUUAUAAAUCAAAUAUCAAUAGUUUCAUGACAAUUGGAAGUGGAAUAAUCGAAGAUCGACUGAAGUAUGUUGAUCAGAAGUAUUGGAGUUCGAAUAGAAGUUUGGUGGAAGAGGUUUCGGAAGACACGCCUGGAGAUCAGGGAGUUCAAUGGAGGCAGAUUGCUGGGGAAGAGUUUGUUGGGAAGGUUUUCGAGAAAUCUGACAGAUAUCAGUGGAUUUGUGAGUCUAGAAGCCUAAAUUCUCCAACCUAUCCAAUUUCCAGGCCCGGCCAACUUCUACUCCUCAAUCUUCAACGAAUCUUUCAAUAUGUUCGACAUCCCUCAACAUCCUGAUAACAGUAAAAACCGAAUCAAAGAUCCAUCACUUCCCCUAACUCACAAUUAUUUUGUGAACAUCCGUCUGAACUCACAUCUAAAUGUUUAUGCAGGUUACGGUGGAAUUGUGGUGCAUUCAGUGGAUUUGAAUGGAUUUCAAUUAUGGAUCUAUGUACCAUCCGGAUUCUAUCAGAAACAUUUGAAAUGUAAGCUUCUGUACAUACCACGCCCAGGGUGAGGCAUAUGCACGGCGCCAAUAAAAAUUUACGGAAAUUCACCUCGCCAAUUUGAGAUUUUCUUGAAAAACAGCAAAUUUUUGCUUGUUUUCCCGUUAAAAAGUGGUAUUUUUCAGUCGAAAAGGUUGUUUUCACCUCGCCAAAAAAUUUCUAAACUCACACCGCCAAUUUUCGAAGUUAAUUGGCACGAAGCUGGGCGUGGUAUGCUUCUGUAGAAUAAGUAUAAUAUGAGCAAUGCUUUUCCAGCUGAAAGUAUACCUGAUAUUCAAAUCACAAAUAAUUAUGGGCCUGGAACCAUCAACAUCAGAUGUGAUCAAGAUUUUGAACAUCAGAAAUUCAAACAUCGCAGAAAUAUUUUGCAUGGUGGAAAUGAAAAUGAUGUAAUUAUUCAUUUUUAUGAUAAUAAUGAGAAAGAACGCAAUUUCUCUACUUUCAAUAUGCCAAUAUCAGAUUCAAAUCCAACAUAUCAAACUAAAUCUGGGGAAGAAUCAACUAAAAAGCAUCAAAAGCAAAAGAAUUGGAGUUAUAGUGAUAUUUUAGUGAUUUGCGGUUUGAUUUGUUUCAUUUUCUCGCUUUUCUUCUUAAUUUUGCCAUUUUUUGUGGCAAAAAAUAACGAUUUUCAUUUACUUGAUUAUUAUGAUUAUUAUCAGGAAAUUGAUGAAUUGCAAUAA